AUGGAGUUGGAUCCCUUGUAUCACGUCAAGCAGUUGUUUUACCAGGCCGCAAUAGAAGAAGCUCUCCUCCAGCCGCACACACCCUCCGACGACCGUUCCUCACUCCAUAGAGCACUGUACAUCGCCAGAUCUCACUUGUCAUCCACUCCACCAGAUAUCCAAUCUGCCAAAUCGAUCUUAUCCCCUUUCCUAUCCUCGUCCGAACCUUCCAUAGCAGCUCGAACAGUCGACGCGUUCGCCUCGCACCUCGCUGGAGAAGACAAGGUAGAUGAAAUCAGGGAUUUCGUCUUGGAAGUGGAAGGAUCAGAGGAUGAAGUUGAGGAAUCCACUGUGAGGGUUAUAGCUUCCACGGUGUUUAUUCUCCUUGGGGAGGUUGAGGAGGCGGUUGCUACGUUGAAUGAAGGUAGAGGGAAAGAGGAUUUGGAGUGCCUCGCCCUCCUCGUUCAACUUCUCUUAUCGCUCGAUAGACGAGACCUCGCUCAAAGUACUUACAACACCGCCAAGAGGAUCGGUAAUGACUCGACGUUGGUACAGGCUAUCGAAGCUUGGAUAGGACUCAAGACAGGCGCUCGACCUCUCCACCAAUCGUACUACUUCUACGAAGAGCUCUAUCAACUUCCUUCAGGUCGUACACCACCAGUAUUGGCUUCUCACGCUGCUGCUCACUUACUGCUGGGCCAUGUCGACGAAGCUAAAGCGGAUAUACUCGAGGCUUCGCAGAAGGAGACUGGGGAUAAGCAAGGGGAUGUCCUGGCUGUGGGAACGAGUUUGGGUAUUGAAGGAUAUGCCGAAAAACUCGCUACCAACGCUCCUCAACAUCCUUUUGCAGUCGACUUGGCAGAAAAAUCCAAACUUUUCGACGAAGCUUCUUCCAAAUUUGCAGUAACCGCAUAG